UUUAUUUUUACAAUUUCACAAAAUGCAUUUGUAAACUCGUUUCAUUUGUUUCGCUUUCGUCUCGUAGACUCGUCGCUAUAGUUGUUGCGGUGUUAUUUGUGCAAUUUUGUGUUAAAAUUUGAGUUAGCAUAUUUAUAAACGUUAUUCUUUACGUUAAUAUCCGGUGCGUGAUCAAAAAUCUUCAAAUUUCAUUGCUCCAAUUUAAAAUUGCAGUUAUUAAUAACAGCAAAUUUGUAAAAAUCAGGUAAAGUGCAAGCGUCUCUUACCAAUAGCAGAAAGAAAGUUAAAGCAUUAAAAAAGCACGAAAAAGUUUUGUAGACGUAGAAAGAAAACGGACACGGCGCAACUGUGUAGAGUGAGUUGUGGUGAGCAAAUCAUGUUGGCCUAAUAGAUAUUCGCUGGUCGCGCUGCUUCUUUUGGCCCGGUUUGUGUGCGGUGUACAUAAAUCUUUAGAUACCGAUGCAUUUGUGGCUUAAAAUGUGUGCGCAUACAUAUGUUGCAACUUGUCAGCGGAGAUAAAGUGGAGCAUAAAUGAAAUUUGCUGCCACAUUUGCCAGUUCAACGUACGAGUAAUUGUAUUGAAUUUGUGUUGUAUUGCAUUUAGUGCAGUCAAAAGUGACGAAUAUUAAAAUAAGUAAAGAAGCGCUGCUGCGUUGCAAAUGUCAAGUGUAAAAACCCUACAAAAAAGUGUCAAAAGCUAUAGCCUUAUUUGUGGUAACAGCCGUGUUUGUGGCAACAAAUUGACCCCUUUUUUGAAUACAAACGAACUGCUGUUGUUAUAACUUUUUUACUUCGUUUAUUGUUUGCUGUUGCUGCUGCUACCAACAAUAUUUAACCUGUGUUUCGGUUGAAGUUGGUCAGCGCCGUUGUGCAUUCAAGCGUGCAACUGUGUACCGUCCAGCAGGCCCCUACUGUGCGAGUCAGGCUUAUAGAUAUAAAAUACACAGUCCAUAUAGCGCGCCAAGCAACAAAAACAUUAAUAGGCAGCCUGUAAACAUUGGCUUAUGCAGCAGUUAUGUACUUCAUUUCUUCCUUAUCUCCCCGUGCAUGAGAAAAGCGUAGCGCAGGCGCAACAGGCGAAAGUUUCAUGCCAAUACAAUUUGCUGGUGGAUAGCGAACCAACUAUGUAUAUUUGUAUGUGGGGCUUAGGUACUUGCCAUUAAUAGCCAAGUUUGUGUUUUCUGAGUUCUUGGUUUACCGGCGCACAGGUGCUAUUGGGCAUUCUGCGCAGUGCGUGUUGCUGUUGUGUUUUUCGUUUUAUUGUGUAUUUGUUGUUCGCGGUAUUCAAUUUGAUAUUAUCGUUUUCCCACAAUAUUCGCCGUUUUAUGAGCGCGCUGGCUUGUGUUUGCGUGUUAUUUAAAAAAAAUAAUAAUAAUAAAAUUCGGUUCAACGGCAAUGCACAUAUACUGUGUUUUUAAUUAGAGUUAAAAGCUGUGCAAAAUAAUAAGUUCUUAUUGAAAAUAAUUUGUAUUUAUUUGAUUUAAAUUCAGAUAAUUCCAGUGUUAACAAGUGAAAAAUAUUUAAAAAAUAAUAAUAAAACAAAUAAUAUUUUAAAUACAAUGGUGGCAAUAAUUAUGUUUUAAUGAUUGAUAAUUGGAGUAAAAACGCAAUUGCAUAUUCUUAAGUGUAACUUUGUGCCUUAUUAACGUCAGUAAUACAAAAAGUUUACUGUAUGGACCCAACCCAAUCCUGCUGCUGGCGCACAAACCUCGAGGCGAAAUGACUAAAUAAGACUGAAAAGAAAAGAAAUAAAACGAAAACGCUUAAAAAGUAAGCGUGAAGAACCGUGUGACCAGGCGGAGUAAUCAAAUCACAGAGACGACGGACAACGACAGCGAAUGGAUAAAUUCAACAAACGAUUAAACCACGAAUAAAAAGCUAAUUGACGAGUUGGUAAUUACGCAUGCGCGCCGGUCUGUGGCGUGUGGGUAAGCUGUUGCGGCAAACGUGCGGCGAAAAAGUGGACAAACCAGCAAAACUUGCCAAUCACACAAAAACAAAAACAAAACAGUAACAAAAAAGCGCAGAAAAAAAUUUAAUUAAAAGCAAAUUCUGUGCGCUGCAAGAGAUAGAUUAACAAAGCGCACAACAGCAAGAACAACAACACAAAAGCCAACUAUGCGCUGAGCACAAAAAACCAUGAAAAAGUUUAUCUUUCUUUUUUAACGCCACACACACGCGCAUGCAUACAUAUACACAUGCACACUUACUAUCUCAACACACAAGCAAGCAAAAAUUUACAUAUCAACGCCACAGCGCGCGCUUCCAAAGCGAACGUCAAACGUUAAAUAAGAUAACCAAUAAUAAAUAAAUAAACCGCGACAAACAUGGUCAAGGGCAUUUUGGUGAACCGCAAAGCGGAUGACGCGCACAAGGCGCAGCUGAAAAUGGAGCACGCCGACCUCGUCGCCGAGAUGCAAACGGUGGAAAAUCUGCCGACGCACGAGCGCCUGCAGCUGGCGCGACUCCGCCGCACACAGCAGCUUAAGGUCGCGCGUCAAAAGGAGAAGGAGUGGCUGAAAUUGCAACGCGCCAAAGGUAACGCGACCUCAGCGCUCAGCGGCAGUCACACCACACAUCACUUUCGCUCGAACUCGGGCAGCGCCAGCCGCCACAUAUCCUUCGAGAGCAGCGUUGUGCUGCUGGAGGCUGCCAGCCGCAAUGAUAUGCACGAAGUGGCCGAGCUGCUGGAGCGUGGCAUUACGCCGGAUGCGGCGAAUGAGGACGGCCUGACGGCGCUACAUCAAUGUUGCAUCGAUAAUAAUGUUGAAAUGUUGCGCCUGCUGCUGGAGUAUGGCGCGAAUGUGGACGCGCAGGAUAGUGAUAAAUGGACGCCAUUGCAUGCGGCUGCCACAUGCGGACACUUGGAGCUGGUGCGCAUACUGAUCGAUCAUGGUGCGAAUUUGUUGGCGGUGAAUACGGAUGGUAAUAUGCCGUACGAUCUGUGCGACGAUGAGAAUACCUUGGACUACAUAGAGGCUGAGAUGUCGAAGCGCGGCGUGACGCAGGAGCUGAUCGAUGAAACGCGCUCAUCGACGGAACGACAAAUGCUGAAGGAUCUGAUGGAGGUGGCGCGCACGGGCGGCGAUCUUGAGGAGCCGGACUACCAGGGUGCUACGCCGCUACACAUAGCUGCGGCAAAUGGCUAUGUGCGCGUGGUGGAGUUCCUGCUGGAGAUGCAUGUCAAUGUGGACGCGGUGGACAAAGAUAUGUGGUCGCCGGUGCAUGCGGCGGCAUGUUGGGGUCAUUUGGAAGUGCUAGAAAUGCUUGCGCAAUGUGGUGCAGAUCUGAAUGCCAAAAAUAAGGAUGACGAAACGCCUUCAGAUAUUUGUGAGGAUCCUGAGAUACGCGAACGCAUCGAACAGCUGAAAACUGAGCAGGAGAGUAAACGUCUGGCAGAGGCGCAACGGCGACGUGUGCGACGCUCACAAAGCAAUAACACGCGCGCCCAGUCUGUGCGCCGCACCUCCCUGCGCGACAAGACGCUAACAACCAAAAAGGACGCCGUCGAAGAGGCGCGUCUGCGUUUACAAGCACAAGAAGUCUUCAUUGCACCGGACGGCACAACGCACGCCGAUACAAAUGGUCUCAGCAGCAGCAGCAGCAGCAACACUACCAAUAAUCAUCAUUCCACGUUGGCGCUAUUGGAUGGCGUCAACGACUCGACAGCCGCCACAACACUUGCCUCCACGCACGACUACAAUUGGCUCACGAAAGCGCCAACAAAUAACAAUAACAACGCCAACAACAAUAAUAAUAAUAACAAUACGAUUAGUAGUAAUAAUAACAACGAUAAGAAAGUGGCAGCAUAUACAGCUAGUCUUGCAGCGGCGGCGUCGGCAACCACAACGACAACAACAAACGGUAGUGUUAACACGUAUUUGCCGCAUUCGCUGUCCGCCAUGGAUGUGAUGGAUGCCUCGUCGCAUGCAUUUAAUUCACGUCGACCGCCAGAGGGUCGUGAAAAUGACGAAUUACAGUUGAACGCCUACAAAGCCGGUGGCGGCGAACAUCAUCGUUCGACAUCGGCGUCAGCAAUGAUUGUUAGCGAUCGUAAUAACAUGGCAGCGGCGGCCGCAUCGACGGUCGGCCCGGAUGCGGUGCACAUACAGUCCAGUAAGGAGGCGGCGAAUGGCAAGAUAAAUGUGCAAGUGACAGUGCUCGUGGACACUACCAAUACGCAUCAUCAUCAACAGCAGCAACAACAACAGUUGCAGCAAAGCAUGCUUAUGCCAGCGCAUACACUCUCCAUGGAGAGUCUGAACUCUUCGGCAGCCACACUGGCCAAUUUGAAGAAGCAACGUUCGCUUUCGCGUACAAAUAACGGUAUAUUGAUAAGUGAAAAUGGUUCUGUUUUAGGAGCCGCCAACAACACCAGCAACACGAUCAACAAUCAUCUGCACACUGGCAGCGCCAACAACAACAAUUCAAUACUUGCGAACGACACGAGCAGCGGUGCGGUGAAUCAGCAACCGCUGAGCGGCGGUCUACAUCCCAGUCACUUGGAGUUUAACAACGGUACGGGUGCGGGUGGUGGUGGUGGCGGUAGUAUAACGAGCGGUGGCGAGCAGUCGACCGGCUACUCGAACGCCUCGUCGAUGAACAAGUUUAGCGGUAUAACGGGUGAUGUAGUUAGUGAUAGCACGAGUUCCAAAAAAUGCUGUACGCUAAUGUGAACGAAAGUGCGCAACAAGUGGUUGGUUGGUGCGACGGAGAUGAUGUAGCAGCGGGACAGUAUUCGCAGUUGGCAUUUUCAAUUUGAUGAAUGUUGCUUGCCAGCGCAUAUUUAACAUACAUACAUGCUAUAUGUAGUAUUUUUAUAUACAUAUACAUAUACAUAUGCAAUAUACAUAUGUAUGUAUUCGUGCAGCUGGUGCGGCAUUUGUUGCAACAAUUUAACAGGGUAUUAAAUAUAUAUUUGUAUGUAGCGGGUAUGCCAGUGUAUUUUUUUUACAAGUUGUUGCACUACAAACACACACACACAUACUAUGUACAUCACAAAAUAUGCAGAAAGUACACUUCUUUCGUUGUAAACUCUAUUCACCAAACACACCACUUAUGUUUUAUUUUUCUUGGAAAGCUGUGUGCAUUACUUUGGUGCACUAAUACAAGGGUAGGCUACAGUCGGCAGUUGUGAAGUUGUUGGUGCUGGAAAAUCAAUUUUUUCUUGAUGACAAUAUAAAAAUUAAUUAAAAUUAAGAAAAAAAAUUCAAUUUAAUUUUUUUCGAAAUUUUUUUUUCAAUCCAAUUUUUUCAAUUUAAAUUUCUUCAAUUGCAAUUUUUGUGCGCAAGAAAAUAC